ACUAUAACAACAAUUUGUUUCUAGAAUAUACACGCUUUUACAGUUUAAAGAUGGCUACUAACAAAGUUACCGUAGAAGAUGUACCAUCACAACCGUCGUUAGCGAAACAUGAUAGUGCGGUUUUAGAUAUUGCUUUCGCUAUGGACUGUACGGGUAGUAUGUCGAGUUACAUAGAGACAAGUAGAAAUAACAUCCGAACCAUUGUGGAGCAAAUUGUGUCCAGUGAGAAGAGUGACAUACAUUUAGCGUUGGUGGAAUAUCGUGACCAUCCGCCACAGGACUGUACAUUUGUGACACGUGCACACGACUUUGUUUCGUCUGUAUCAACCAUGAAGUCGUGGUUGGAUAACUGUAGUGCUCAGGGAGGAGGUGAUGGUCCCGAAGCUGUGGCUGACGCCCUUCACGACAUGCUUAAACUCUCCUGGAGAGAGAAUGCUACCAAAAUAUGCGUGUUGAUAUCAGAUGCCCCGCCACACGGCCUGAGUACCUAUGGAGACGGAUUUCCUGAUGGGUGUCCAGCUGGACUGGACCCAAUGGGAAUUGUAAGACAACUUGCAGCUAAAGGAAUCACUCUGUACACUGUUGGGUGUGAACCAGCAAUAAAUCCAUACAAAGAAUUCUUCACAGCUAUUGCCUAUCUAACAGGAGGGCAGUAUAUACCACUCAGGGGGGCCAAGGCCCUCACCCAAGUCAUCAUAGGAGGGGCACAAGAAGAGAUAUCGCUGGAGCGGUGGAUGGCUGAAGUGGACGAAGAAAUACAAAGAGAAAUAGCGGCUGGGAAUCAAAUAAACGACCAGGAAAUGACCCACAGAGUUCAAGCGAAGAUGGAAUCUAAAGGCAUCAGAGGUAAAAAAUUGCAGAGGAAUAAUUUUGAUUUAGAGGCUGCCUCUGCGUCCUCCAUACAACUUGCACAGUUCACCAACAUGGCAGAAGUCAGGACAAACUUCAAGAGUCCUCCUGCCGUGGAUCGUCCAAGGAUGGGCGGCAUGCUGAGAGCUUCACGUGGUCGUUCAGCUGCUUUCCAUGCUCCGGCAGAGAUGGCACCUGAAAGUUCGGAUUCAUGGAACACGGUAGACAGCAGUAUCUCCUAUGGGCAGGCGGCUAGAAUGGUGCAAAAGUCGAAAUCGAGGAACAAUUAUAUGUCAUAAAUUUAUCAUACACCCACUGCAUAAUACACAUUUUUGCAUACGUCAUUGACAUUAUUUCAGAGGCUUCAUUUUUUGGAAGACUUAAAUGCCAAUUUACUUUUUUUAACGAAUGGCGGGAUCGAAACCAAAUAUGAAUGAGAAUUUUUUAAACGAAUGGCAGCAUUGAAACAAAGGUGAAUGUGAUGUGAUUUUUUUAACUGAUGGCGGGAUUGAAACGAAUGUGAGUAUUACAGUUUUGGUUUCACAUCGAUGGCAGAUAUAAUUGAACAUGGAUUUAUAUAAAGAGAGAUAACUCUUGUUGGACAUAUGUAUUAAUUUAUAGUGAUAACGCUUAUGUGCAAAUACUGUAGAACCAAUAAUGUAUAUCGGAGUUUUUAUUUAUCUUCCUGUACCGGACAAAGACAUUCAUUAAAAGUGCAAUUAUAAGUUUGGAAAUGAUCCGCAUUUCAUAUUCAUUAUAAUACUUCAUAUCUGUUGUAUCGUAGUUGAAUGUUAUUUAUUAUGUAUCUGCUGUUAAUAUUUUUUUAUUUAAUUGC